AUGUCGUCAGAGGGAGACUCGUCGUACCGCAAGCGCCGGCGCUCGACGUCGCGAGGUCCUCUGGACCCCUCUUCUCCGUGGCACGAAUCUGGUGCGAGUGAAUCGGGUCAUGAGCACUCGUCGGUCGUGCCGACGUCGUCGCCGCCUGGCGCCCUCUCCGACCUGACGGACGAGGCGCCGAGUGGGCUGGACGACGACGACGAGUUGGACGAGGCAGAGGGCGAAGACUUGUUCGACGAUACUAUGAUGGCAGACUACCGUGCGAAUCCUGAGCUGGAUACGUACGAGCAAGUGGGCAUGGACGAUGAAGGCGAGUUUGAGAAUAUGGAUACCACCACGCGCCAGUUGGCCGAGAUGCGUAUGGCGCGGCGUGAUCGUGCUGAGGGUGUGGGGCGCAUGAGUCGUCGGGCGCCCUCUUUCUUGCAGAGCGAUGAAGAGAGCGAUGAUGGCGUGCUUCGACAGCGGCGUCGGAGACGGCACUAUGACGAGGCACCGGACAUGGACGACGAGGCCAUGGCCGAUGAGCUGCCUCUGGAGCAGCUGAGUGAUAUCAAGGCGGACAGUAUCGCGAGUUGGGUCGCUACAGAGAAUGUGCGGCGCACGAUUGUGCGCGAGUUCCGCCACUUUCUCGUGACGUACGUCGACGAACAGGGUGUGAGUGUGUACGGCCAGCGGAUCAAGACCCUGGGUGAGAUGAAUCUCGAGUCGCUCGAGAUUUCGUUCCUGCACCUGGUGGAUGCGAAAGCCAUUCUCGCCUUCUUUCUGGCGAAUUCGCCCGCCAGCCUCCUCCCGAUCUUUGACGAGGUCGCCUUUGAUGUCAUUUUGCUCUACUACCCCUCGUACGAUCGCAUUCAUCCCGAGAUCCAUGUGCGCAUUGCAGAUUUGCCCACGUCGUCUACGCUGCGAGACCUGCGCCAGAGCCACCUCAACUCGCUCGUGCGCGUGAGUGGUGUGGUGACGCGGCGCAGCGGCGUCUUCCCUCAGCUCAAGUAUGUCAAGUUUGACUGCCUGAGCUGCGGCGAGGUACUGGGCCCCUUUUGGCAGGACUCGCACCAGGAAGUGAAAAUCAGCUACUGCUCCAACUGCUCGCGUCGCGGUCCGUUCCGUGUCAACAACGAGCAGACCGUCUACCGCAACUACCAGAAAAUGACGCUGCAGGAGUCGCCCGGCAGCGUGCCCCCCGGCCGCCUGCCGCGCCACCGCGAGGUGAUUCUGUUGUGGGACUUGGUCGACAGUGUCAAGCCCGGCGAGGAAGUCGAGGUCACGGGCAUUUACCGCAACAACUUCGACGCCGCGCUCAACACACGCCAUGGUUUCCCCGUCUUUGCGACGGUGCUCGAGGCGAAUCACAUUGCGAAGCGCGACGAUGCGUAUGCGGCUUUCCGUUUGACGGAAGAUGACGAGCAGGAGAUUCGUGCGCUGGCGCGCGAUGAUCGGAUCGGCAAGCGCAUCAUCAAGAGCAUGGCGCCGAGUAUCUAUGGCCACCAAAGCAUCAAGACGGCCAUAGCCCUGAGCCUGUUUGGUGGCGUAUCGAAGGAUGUGGGUGGCAAGCACCGCAUUCGCGGUGAUAUCAAUGUGCUGCUGCUCGGUGAUCCCGGCACGGCCAAGUCGCAGUUCCUCAAGUACGUCGAAAAGACGGCGAAUCGCGCCGUGUUUGCCACGGGCCAAGGCGCGUCGGCCGUGGGCUUGACGGCGGGUGUGCGCCGCGAUCCUGUGACGCGCGAGUGGACGCUCGAAGGCGGUGCCCUCGUGCUGGCCGACAAGGGCGUGUGCCUCAUUGAUGAAUUCGACAAGAUGAACGACGCAGACCGCACCUCGAUCCACGAGGCGAUGGAGCAGCAGAGCAUUUCGAUCUCGAAAGCGGGUAUUGUCGCUACGCUGCAGGCACGCUGCGCGAUUGUCGCCGCCGCCAACCCGAUUCGUGGGCGGUACAAUCCGACGGUGCCGUUCAGCCAAAAUGUGGAGUUGACGGAGCCGAUCCUGAGUCGAUUCGAUGUGCUGUGUGUCGUCAAAGAUCUGGUCGAUCCCGUGCAGGAUGAAAUGCUGGCGCGCUUCGUGGUAAGCUCUCAUUUGCGUGCGCAUCCGCUCUUUGACGAGGCGGUCGAUGAGACGCGCGCGGCCACGUCGCUGGAUGCCGAUAUCAUCCCGCAAGACAUGCUGCGCAAGUACAUUACGUAUGCCCGCGACCAUGUGCGGCCGCGUCUCGAUGCGCUCGACCAGGAGCGCCUUGCGCGGCUGUAUGCAGACCUGCGCCGCGAGAGUCUGCACACGGGCUCGUAUCCGAUCACCGUGCGUCACCUCGAGAGCAUGAUCCGCAUGGCCGAGGCGAGUGCCAAGAUGCACCUGCGCGACUAUGUGCGGGCCGACGACAUUGAUGUCGCGAUUCGCACGACGGUCGAGAGCUUCGUGAGCGCACAAAAGAUCAGCAUCAAGCGAACGCUCGAGCGCGGCUUCCGCAAGUAUCUGUACCAGGCGCGUGACCACGACGAGCUGCUGGCCUUUUUGCUGGGCGGCAUGGUCAAAGACAAGAUGCGCUUCACGCAUUACCGCCACCGCGAUGACGAGGCGCCGAUGGUCGUGUCGGUGCCGCUCACAGAGCUGGAGGAACGCGCCAAGAGUGUCGAGCUGUACGACGUGCGGCCCUUCCUCCUCAGCCGCGUGUUCCGUGCGAAUGGAUACCAGUGGAACGAGACCCGCGGCACCAUCACCAAGCAGUUUGGCACUCAUACUAUCGUUACAUAG